AUGGGCUUCACCAAGUACAUCGUCCCGGCUCUGGCUAUUGCCAGUCUGGCGUUUGCUGAUAAGUCUUGUGAGGGAGACAUCACCAUUGAGAACCAGCAGGAUGCCUCCAAGCUCAGCAGCUGCUCUACCUGGGAUGGAGACAUCACAAUCAGCAACGUCGUCAACUCUGCUAUCAGCCUCGACGGCGUUCAGAAGAUCACCGGAUCCCUCAGCAGCAAGAACUCCAGCAUCACCGAGUUCUCUGCUUCCAAGCUCACCUCCAUCGGAGACUCCUUCACUAUUAACACCUGUACCGCCUUGAGAUCUCUCCAGUUCGACUCCCUCACCGCUGUCAAGUUCAUCAACUUUGAGGCUCUACCCAAGCUCCAGGCCCUCGGCUUUACCAAGGGUGUCUCCAAGGCUGAGCGUGUCCGCGUCACCAACACUGAUCUCACCUCUCUCGAUGGCAUCAAUCUCGAGUCUGUUACCGACAUGGAGGUCACCAACAACCCUCACUUGAUGAUGGUCAAUGUCAAUCAGAUCACCAAUGCUACCGGUUACAUCAACUUCGCUGCCAACAACAAGGAUCUCAAGAUCAGUUUCCCAAACCUUCAGGGUGCUCACAACAUGACUUUCCGCAACGCCAGCAGCGUCUCCAUUCCUUCUCUUGAGACGAUGGACGGUCUCCUUGGAUUCUACUCCAACUUCUUUGAAGAUAUCUUCGCCCCCAACCUCACCAAAACCGGUGACCUUGUCCUCGCUGACAACUCCGCCCUCAGUAACUUCUCUUUCCCAGUCCUCAAGACUGUCAAGGGUGCUUUCCAGGUUGCCAACAACACCAACCUAAAGGCUAUUGACGGCACCCCCAAGCUUGAGACUAUCAGCGGUGCCCUCGACUUGAGUGGUAAAUUCGACACUGUCAAGCUCCCCGCCCUCAAGGAAGUCCGUGGUGACACCAACGUCCAGAGCACCGAGUCCUUCGGCUGCGAACCAUUCGACAAGCUCAAGUCUGACGAUGUCGUCCGCGGUAAGCUCACCUGUCGUGAGAAGCAAGACAAGCCAAAGACCGGCGACGAAUCCGACAGUGGCUCUUCUACCUCUUCUGGUGCUGCCGAUCCCUUCGCCCAGGCCCCGGCUGGAUUCCUCCUUGGUCUCCUUGGUGCUCUCCAGUUCCUCUUGUAA